UGACAACUUAAAAUUGUAAACAUUGAACGGGUGGCGGAUUUUAUCUAAUUUAUCUUAGUUUACUAAUAAUUGAGUCAGAAUGGAAAAUUAUUUUAAGGGAAAAAAUGUUGAAGAAGAACUUCAACGAGAUAAAAUACCGAUAAAAGAUUUACCGGACAACUUUUUGUGGAUGCAAGUAAAAGGUGGAAGUAAGAUGGCAAAUCUAUUAUCCCACGCAUCUGGUAUUUUAGAGGAUAAAGCUGCAACAACCGUGGUGUGGACUGGGACCGGAGUCGGCAUACCCAAGGCUAUAUCAUGUGCAGAAAUCCUAAAGCGACAGUUUUCAAUCGAACACCAAGUUACCAAACUCGCUUACAAAAAUGUUGAAGAGUUUUGGGAACCUAAAGUGGAUGGAUUGGAAACAAUAGUGGUUAAACGACAAAUACCGGUUAUCCAUAUUUUACUUUCUGUUGAAAUGGUCCCAGACAGUAGUGAAAUUGGAUACCAGUCAUUACAAGGGAAGAAAUUCUGGCAAAAAGAUCCAGCUAGUAGCCAAAAGAAGCACCAGUCCUACAAAUCAAAAAAACCUUUCAAACAUAAGAAAAACCAAACAAAUACAAGCUAACCUCUAUUAACUAUAUCAUUUAAAGUUUUGAGUAAUAAAUUCAUGUUUGCCUGAUAAA